ACAGAACAAGAAGCUCUAAAAGAAACUAAACUUCUGCAUUCUGCAUUCUUAAAAAAAAACAUAAAAAAAUAUGUGUACGUGUACCCUACCUGGCAGACAAUAACCUACAGAAAGGACUUGAAAGACCGGAUCUAGAGACCAGAAUAUCACAGAGACUUAAGGGUGGAGUCUUUUCAUUCUGGUUUGCAGUGUUGGAGAAAGUUACUUUUAAAAGUAAUGCAUUCCGAUGUUGCAUUACUGCCUAAAAAUAACUUAUUGUGUUACUUAGUUACUUUUUAUCCGAGCUCUUCGGUCCAGCCUCAAGUUUACCAACUGACACAACCGCAAUGACUACACCUGUGAAUAUCUCUCGCCACCUGCACUGCCCCAUCUGCAAGAACCUGCUGACAGAUCCGGUCUCCACCGCCUGUGGACACACCUUCUGCAAUGGCUGUCUGGACAAGCACAUCAACAUGUCCGAGCAGCAGUGCCCUCUCUGCCAGGAGCCCGUGGCCACCAAACCCUCCGUCAACAAAGCCAUCGAAGCCCUGCUGCGAGAGUUUCUCCAGACUCAGUUACCCAACAUGGAUCUCUUCUGUGGAGAAAGAGACGCGAUUCCAUGCGACGUCUGUGAUGAACACCUCACGUUUAAAGCCGUGAAGUCCUGCCUGAUCUGUCUGAUGUCCUUCUGCGAUGAGCACCUGAAGCCUCACCAGUCCAUGGUGAGAUUCAAGGGCCAUAAGCUGGUGAGUCCUGUGGAGAAGCUGGAUCAGAGAGCGUGCAAUACGCACGGCAGACCUCUGGAGCUCUUCUGCAGACGUGACGAGCUCUGCAUCUGCGCCUUGUGUGUGAAGAUGGGUGGAGACGUGAUACCUGUGGAGACCGAGAGAGAGAGGAGACAGGCCGUGCAUCUAAAAAAUAUUGAAGUGAUGGAAAGGAUGAUCGAUCAGAGGGAACACAAACUUGAGGAUCUUAAGGAAUCAGCUGAAAAAUACCAGGCUCUGCUGGAGAAGGAGCAGCAGGAGAUACAGGAGGUGUUUGCUGCACUGAUGGAGGUGCUGAGGAAAACAGUGGAGGGGCUGCUCGCUCCUCUGGAGGACGGAAGGAGGUGUUUGGAGAAAGAGAGGGAUGAAAAAACGCAGCAAAUACAAAAAGACAUCCUCAAGUACAAGUACAACAUCGAGUCUUUGAAUCGCACUAAGAAUGAGGAAGAUGACAUCCUCUUCAUCCAGUGCCAUCCAGCUGUGCCAACUGAGUUCACAGAUGACUGGACACUUUCCAUUGACACUGAGUUAAGCUUUGGCACAAUGAGAAACGCAAAGGCAAAGUUAAUGGAUGAGGUUGCGACGCAUCUGGACAAACUCUGCACUGUUGAAAUUAGAAGGAUUCACAGCUUCGCAGUAAACGUGACUCUGGACGCAGAAACGGCGCAUCCGCACUUACAGGUGUCCGAAGACGGUAAAGAGGUGCGCGACACCGGAGCGAGUAACAUCAUCCCGGGCGGCCCGCAACAGUUCGACCUGGUCGGAGGAGUCCUGGGAAAACCUCGCAUCACUUCGGGAAGAGCUUUCUGGGUCGUGGAGGUGAGGAAGAAGGUGGGCUGGGAGCUGGGGGUGGUGAGAGACGGAGCGAACCGGAAGGGCAAAGUGUCCUACAAACCCAGCGAGGGCUACUGGGCCAUCGUGCUCUGCGGUCAAACCAUGUACGGAGCUUUUGAAGACCCUCCAAUCAUGCUUGAGCUCCCCUCCAAACCCCAGAAGCUGGGAGUGUUUGUGGACUGCGAGGAGGCUCUGAUCUCCUUCUAUGAUAUGGAUGCUCGGUCACAUAUUUACACCUUCACUCAGUGCAGCUUUAACGGAGCCAUCCGUCCAUACUUCAAUCCUCAUCCCAACAAAGACGGAACCAACUCAAGCCCGUUGGUCAUUUGUCCUGUCAAUCAAACCGAUGUCUCUGUGUGAAAGUAAGGGCUAAUUUGAGUCUGAAACUAUGAGGUAUGAGAAUAUUAAUAUUCAGUGAGAUUGACAUGAUUCCCUUUGGUUUGUGUCUUUGUUUUCUUCUUUAGUGUGAUAUUCUCUGUUGUACUUUGAGUAGAUUAAAAAGCAGACACAUUUUGAGGUGAAAAUUAUACAUUGCACAUAUAGAGAUAUUUAUAUAGCAUUUGGAAAUCGUAUAUAGCCUAUUUUUAAGAAUAUUUUGAGCAGGUUGCUGUCCUUCUAAAUGAAAUUUCUACUAAAAGUAAUUUUUAAAAAGUCUUUAUUCUUUAUAAUAAUAUGAGGUUUCUAUUUUAUUAAACAUAGAUCUAUCUAUCUAUCUAUCUAUCUAUCAUCAAUGUGAAUAUUCAUAUGAAUGUUAACAGACUACAUGUAACUGUGAAACUAUUAAAUUGGGUAAUUGUAUAUGCAUGUGAAAUGCAGCAUUUAUUUAAUAAAAUACAGGGGAAAACAGGCUGUGUUUAUUUGAUAAGACACUGAAAAAAACAGUAACAUUAUGAAAUAGUAUUACAAUUUAAAAGCUGUAAUCUAUUGUGAUAUACUUUAAAAUGUAAUGCAUUACUCCUCAUCUUUGAUGAUUAACAAUAAUUGUAGGUAUAAGAGGAAGAGCUUGUCUGUCCACACACUCGUGAACAACUCUCAUCUCAUCUUCCACAAUGCUUUUAUUGUUGUCCAUGUAAAUCAUGGCCUGACAGGACAGAGGAAGUGAAUUACGCAUGCAAAUCCACAGGGAAGUGUUUUGCUUGUUCCAGAGACUGGAGAAGAGUGCUGAGCGUUCUCAGAAAAAUAAUUACUUUUUUUUCUAACUGCUUGCAUUAGUCACUUUCUGAAAUGCGGGCUUGAGUUUAAUAUCUGAAUGGGGGAAAAAAUCUGUCAGGUUUGAUAAAACUCUGAGAAAAAGAAAAAAAAAGAAAAACUGACAAUUGUUCAUAAGAUGAAAGCAAUUGAAAUGUCAGCAUUUGGGUGUUUCUAAAGACUUCAAGACGCAAACUACUCUGAGAAAUGACGAGUCAGCCAGUCCUUGACACUCCUCACAGAGCUAUUUUGUGGCAGCCGCAGGAGUCGAAUGAUGGAUUCUGGGAAGAACUUGAGUCAGGGUCAGGUCAGGUGAGAUUUUACAUCAUGAUAAAAACAUCACAUUUGCUUUGUCAGUUCAGCUGAAAGUUCACAGACCAGUGUGUUUUGUUGGUCCUGGAACAACAGUGUUAUCAAAGAAACAUGAUUUUAACCCUCACUGUCACCCCAACCAUAAUGAUAAACUAUUACUAAAAUCACAUAUAAAUAUAACACUGUUAAAAUGCUGUAAAUCAUGGCAUUGUAAUUUGAAACACCAUAAAUACAAAUGAUCAGAAUGGUUUUUAGCAUUAUUUUCAAAGCCAGUAAAACGAAACUGUUCGAU